CAACAGUUUGGCGGGGAUGGUGUGAGAAGUUCAUGUUCGCUUUGUACCUGGCGCCAGAGUCCUUUUUACGGACUUUGGAUUCGGAGGGAGGGAAGUGAAUAGAGUUUGUCAUAUUUUGUUCAAGAAAUAGAAAUGCGUGAGAGAACCGUCGUGAUAUCAAGAUGAGCUGUGGGAGUAAGGUCCGGGAGGCUCAGGACAGGUGCUGGGUGCAGAAGCCAAGCAAAAUGGCUAAGGCACUCUGCACCAAGGCCAGGCUCGUGACUUACUUGCCAGGUGUUCAUGCAUUGGUUAGAAGGAUUGCAACCUUUAGAACAUAUUCCACAGGGUCUGAUGAGCCUUAUAUUGCAGUUAUACCACCUGAUCAAGGAGACACAGGAAGAACUGAACUUACUAAAGAUAAGGUGGUUGUGGCAGGUUUACGAACUAUAUGGCCUGAUGAAAAGAUGGGACCAUUUGGACCUCAGGAUCAGCGGUUUCAGCUGCCGGGUAACAUAGGGUUUGAUUCCCAUAUUAAUGGCAUUGCUAACCAGAAGAAAAUCUCAACAAACAGAACACUUCCAGAUCUGCUAACUGAGCCGUUAAUGACUGAGAAGCACGAAUUCAUUCUUGCACAGUUUGUCAAUGAAUUUCAGGCAAGACGAUACAACAUUUUAUUAAAUUAUUGGCUGUAAAUGAUAGCAAAUUGU